GUUUUUUUCUGCUGCAUCUUGCUUGCUUGUCCGUAAGUUCUCCGAGUCUUCACUUUCUCGCUGGUCUCGUUGGCCGAAUCUGGAUUUUUCUAUUCCCCUUUUCUUGGACUCUAGCUUGCCUGUAACUGUUGAGGUUCUUUUAAGAUUACAAUGGGGGACUCAGAUAAUGCUAUACCAUUUUCCAAAAAGAGAGCUGCUCUGAAAGAACUGUCUCGUGACAAUCCUGGUCUAGAUGAUGAUGAAGACACUUCUGCACUCGAGAGUGGUACCUUCAAGACUGCUAGUGAGGAGGUGUUGGCAAGCAGAAGAAUUGUCAGAGUUAAGCGCAGAGAUCCAUCUGCUGCAGCAGCACCAGCACCAGCUUCCAAUCCAUUUGCUGGAAUUCGUUUGGUCCCUCUUACUGUUCUCGCUGCAGAAACUACUAAGCCUCUGUCCGGGUCAUAUUCAACUCCGUCUGAGGGAAAACAAGAGACACUGGAUGAUGGAAGAUCUGAUGCUACCAAGGAAACUGAUGGUGACAAGAAAGAAGAGAGUGACGCAAUUGAUGCUCUCGGAAAACAAGAGACACAGGAUGAUGGAAUAUCUGAUAAGACCAAGGAUGUUAUUGAUGGUGGCGAGAAAGAGAAGACUGAGGCAGUUAAUACUGGAGACGGUGGUGGAGCUGGAAACAAGAAUGAAGAAGAGAUUAAUACAACGACAGUAAUUGAAGCUGCUGCUGGGGAAGAGACUGAUAAAUCUAAAGAUGACAACGACAAUGGCAACACUGUUGAGGGAACUGACUGUGUUGUCAAGGAUUCAGGUGGUAAUCAGACUGAGGAAGAAGGAAAAGAGGGCGAUGGAAAUGAAGACACAGAGAAAAAUGGAGAUAGUGGAGCCUUGAGCUCCUUCCACCAGCACUCGAGUAGCAAAAACGCAUUCACAGGACUUGCUAGUACAGGUUUCUCUGCUUCUUCGUUCUCGUUCGGUUUGGUUCCACAGGAAGGUUCGACCGGGUCUCUGACUGAACAGUCAUCCUUUAGCUUUGGCCUGCCAAACAAUGGAAACUCUUCCUUGUUUGGUGCAUCCGUUUCUACUUCCAUUACCACGAAGAGCACGGAAACUACUACUGCCUUCCCAUCAAAGCAAGAUGUUUCAGUGGAAACAGGAGAAGAGAACGAAAAAGCGGCCUUCACAGCUGAUUCAAUAAUGUUUGAAUAUCUUGAGGGAGGAUGGAAAGAGCGUGGGAAAGGAGAACUCAAGGUAAAUAUAUCAACGACUGAAAACAGAAAAGCCAGGUUAGUAAUGAGAUCAAAAGGAAACUACAGGUUGAUCUUAAACGCAAGUCUUUACCCGGAAAUGAAACUGGCUAACAUGGACAAGAAAGGAAUCACAUUUGCUUGUGUGAAUAGUGUAAGUGAAGCCAAGGAUGGUCUCUCUACAUUUGCACUCAAGUUCAAGGAUCCAGCGGUUGUAGAAGAGUUCCGAGCAGUUAUCGAAGCACAUAAAGACAGUAAGCCCGCCGUUGCAGAAGCAGCAGCUCCAUUGAAGACACCUGAGAACUCACCGAGUGCUGAAGACGCUUGAAGGUAAAAAAACUUAGAAACAAUUCAUCGUCUAGUUUCCUUGUGUUCUUGUCUAUGUUGUUUAAAGUUCAAAUUUGGCAGAGAGAAUAGAGAGAUAAUAUAGACCACUUGAACUCCUUAUGGAUCUCUUAUGAAUGAACAUUCCAUGUUACU